AUGCCGAGGAAAGUCUCUUGAGCCCGGCAACUUCGGCCCCUCCCCGCCCCCACCCGGGCUGCCCUCCGCGCGGCCCUGCCCAUGUGCAGCCGGCCGGCCGGGCUCUCCUCCUCGCAGGCGGAUGGGUGACCUUUUCCUGGCUCGGGCAGGCUGUGCGAGGCGGCGGAGCAGGCGAUGAAGAAGCAGCAGCAGCAUCCCGGCGGCGGCGCGGAUCCCUGGCCCCAUGGGGCCCCUCUGGGGGGCGCCCCUCCGGGCCUGGGCAGCUGGAAGCGCCGGGUCUCCCUGCUGCCUUUCCUGCGCUUCUCCCUCCGGGACUACGGCUUCUGCAUGGCCACCCUGCUGGUCUUCUGCCUGGGCUCCCUCUUCUAUCAGCUCAGCGGGGGACCCCCUCGCUUCCUGCUCGACCUGCGGCAGUAUUUGGGAAAUUCCACUUACUUGGAUGAUCAUGGACCACCUCCUAGUAAGGUGCUACCUUUCCCCAGCCAGGUGGUGUACAACAGAGUAGGCAAGUGUGGGAGUCGCACUGUGGUCUUGCUUCUGAGAAUCUUGUCGGAAAAGCACGGAUUCAAUUUGGUCACGUCAGACAUUCACAACAAAACCAGGCUUACUAAAAAUGAACAAAUGGAACUGAUUAAAAAUAUAAGUACUGCCGAACAGCCCUAUUUAUUCACUCGACAUGUUCAUUUCCUCAACUUCUCAAGGUUUGGAGGAGACCAGCCUGUCUACAUCAACAUCAUUAGAGACCCCGUCAACCGGUUUUUAUCUAACUAUUUUUUCCGUCGAUUUGGAGACUGGAGAGGGGAACAGAAUCACAUGAUCCGCACCCCCAGCAUGAGGCAGGAGGAGCGCUACCUGCUGAGGACACGUUCUGAUCCCAGCCCACUGGCGUAGAUCUGUCCCGUGUUUAUUUGCUUGGAAACCUAAGCAGCUGCGGGCACAGGGCUGUAAGUCACAGAAGCAGCACACCGUCGGCCCCUAAGGAACGGAGAGGAAAGGUGUGCCGGGACCAAAGGCUCUCACUUGCCGCCGGAGCCGCCCAAAGGACAGAGGAGUCCCCACUCGAGAGAAGUGUUCUUGAAACCCGUUUGUCCUGAGGUGUGUCAAGAGCGGUCCCAGGCACUGUUAGAGCCAAAGCCACGUGUGGGGUUCAGCAGUACGUGGAGUGCCCCCGGGAGCCGCCAGCAAACAGACGAUGCUGUUGGGGGCGCCUGGGUGGCUCAGUUGUUAAGCGUCUGCCUUUGGCUCAGGU